CCAUUUUCUCUGUGUGUAGGUUAUUGCACAUAGGAGUGCAUGAGUAAUGCUGGAGAGAGAGAGUGAGAGGGGAAUAUUGGCCUCUGUGCAGAUGAAUGAGUCCUAAGCUGGCAGACUUUCAGCACGUGCUGGGAAAUGUGAGAUGAUGGUCAAAAGGACUAACAAGUACACCAUUGCUUAACAGUAUACAGUUUGAUACAUGGGAUUUAUAUAAAGUCUGGACAUCUUUGUGUGUAUGAAAGGUUUAUCUGAGAGAGGAGGAAACUGUCUCUGAAUUGAAUGGAUUUUUUUAAUUCUUCAAAUAUGUGCAAAACUGUGUGGGAAAUUUAAAAUUAUGCCUGAUUUGCUGAGGAGAGGGUUUAUCAAACAAUUGGAUUUAUUGGAGAGUGGAUACAAAAUAAAAUUUAACCAAUUCUAAAAGCCUGAUAUGUUUGAGCAGGACUUUUAUUGCAGGCAGAGCUCUGAGGAGGGACGGAUGGAGUCAGAGGUAGAGGCUGAUAGUGACCAUGAAGACGUGGACAAUGACCUUGGGCACGGGCACUGGAUGGGUUACUCAGAUGACCCCAGCAAGAGUCUGGAUUCUGAUGACACAGGAACAGUUCGCAGAAAAAAGAAAACUGUCGUGACUCCUAAAAUGGCGAUGGAGAGUUUCCGAUCUUCAUUUCUCAACACUGAUGAGAAUCAAGAUGUCAAUCUGGAUGCCAUUUUGGGAGAACUUUGUGCCCUGGAAUCGCAGCUCAGCUGUGCUCAGUCUGAUCUCUACAGGCGCUCACAAGAUCACCCCUCAGGACUCGCCAAAGAUGAACAUCGAGACAGCGGCAAUGACCUCGCUCAGGCGGAACUCGAUGCCCUCGCCUCAGAGAUCACGCAGAGUCUGGCGUUCAGACACAGUCUGCCCUCCGACCAUAAUCACGAUUUCAUGCAUGGGCAGUUCCUGACCAAACAUGGCUCCUGUAACGAUAUUGCCAACGACAGUGGAGAGACGGACUCCGCUUUCUCUGAGAACGCCUCGCUUCCAUCCUCUGAGUCCUUUACUUCUAUGGUUACCGUGUCUUCAAUGGCAGAGACGUACGCUCACCCUGACACUUGUAGCAUGGUCAGCAAUGCCAGCACCAUCACCCCUCUUUCUGUGCAGGCAUGUGAGAUGCAUGCUCUUCUUACAUCACACCUAAGUCUUUAUGAAGAAGAACUCACCAAAGAGAAUUACUCAAUAGAAGAACAUAAAGCCAAGCUACAAGCUGAGAAAAUUCGGAUUGCGCUGGAGAAAAUAAAGGAAGCAAAGAUUCGCAAAUUGUUCGUGCGAGCGUUUGGUAAAGAUGGCAGCAGUAAGAGUAUACUUGUGGACGAGAAGAUGUCCAUCUCAGAUGUGUGCAGCAUACUCGCCGACAAAAAUCACAUACGACUCAAUUCCAAACUCGCAGUCAUUGAGCACAUGCCAGAGUUACUCAUGGAGCGUAUAUUGGAGGACCAUGAUACGCUGGUGGAGAACAUGGUCAUGUGGACAAGAGACACUCAUAACAGAAUAUUGUUUGAGGAGAGAGAGGAGAAGAAUGAUUUAUUUAGGCAUCCAGAGAAAUAUUUGCUGAUGAGUUCCUCUUCUGAGAAAGGUGCUUCUCUUGAUCCUGGUAGAAGACACAAGCUGAUUAUGGAGUUCUUUGGUGGGGGAGGUAGACAAGUUCCAGAAGUUGAGGGAGUGAUGUACCUUAAAUCCGAGGGUAAAAAGGCCUGGAAGAAAUACUUCUUUGUGCUGAGGUCCUCGGGUCUGUACUACAAUCCAAAGGGUAAAAUUAGCAAGGCAUCCAAAGAUUUAGUCAGCAUGGUGAACUUUGAUUUUGUGGACGUUUACCGAGGGCUUGGUUGGAAGAAGAAAUACCAUGCCCCCACAGAUCACUGUUUUGCUCUAAAGCAUCCACAAAUCCAGAAGAAAACGUCUAAGUAUAUUAGGUACUUUUGUACUGAAAACAAGAAUGCUCUGGACCAAUGGAUUAUGGGUAUUAGGAUCGCCAAGUAUGGCCACCAGUUGUUGGAUAAUUAUGAAAAACUUCGACAUGAAAUUCAAAUGUGGGAUUAUCGUGAAAUGCGCAGUAGCGUGUCUGAAGUAUCAAGUGAAGCACUAGAAUUAAAUCCGGAUGUGAAAGACAGUCGACUGUCUAUGCCAGAGCCUAGAUCCAGGAAUUCAUUAGUGUAUGUACAAAACUCCAGUUUUACGACCCACGGUAAUGUGUUAGAACAUUCAGAGGAUCUAGUGGGACCAGAAUCGCAAAAAACAACACUCAGCAGUCAGAGUUCACUCGAACUGCCACCGAGCGGUGGACUGCAGAAAACUCAUACUAAACGUGUGUCAUUCAGUAAUACUCCCAGUGUGAUUAACGCAGACUCAGACACCGAGAUGAGGGUCAGACAUCGAGAUUCCAUUACGAGCGCCUCCACGGAUUCCAGCGAGGACUCGACCUCCAGUGGUGAGAGCAGACACAGUGCUAAUUCAUCGGCUUCUCGUGGGAAAUUCCGGGCCAAACUUCCUGUGACCACAGGAACCACACGUCAGAUUUCUGAAAUGGUGCAAGUUGCUUAUGAAGGAAGUUCAAUUUCUUCGUGUGAGUCAGACACUCGAGCCGGUGGUCAUGAGAGGAAAUCUUCUCUAGUGAAACACGGCGAGAAGGAGAAGUCAAGAUCUUCUGGUCAUCGACACGAAAGGAAAAGUUCUGAUGGAAGUAUAGAGAGAGAAUAUCGCACUCUGAAGAAUGUGUCACCUCAACAUACUCUGUCACAUCGAGCCCCGCCCUCACCCCCUCCCCUGAAGUGUCCACUCAAUUACCAAAGUAUACAGGAGGAUGAGGAGGUGUGGCAGAGGAAUGAGAAUUUUGUCCCCACCAGCACCUACCCCUACCAUCCACCCCAACAAAUACCAGGCCAAAUGUCAAUGCAUAAAAUGCCCAUGUCUCCCCAGCUUCCAAGGGUGUAUUCUGAUCCUUCUCAGGAGAGAUGCAUGUCUCCUCCUCCACAGGAGAGGUUCAAGUCCCCUCCUCCUCCCUCUCACAGUAGGAUCAUGUCUCCCCCAUCCCAUCACAGAGUGCUAUCCCCCACUUCAGCCCCGACAGAUCCUUGGGAAUAUCGAACUGACCUUCCUCCCCCUCCAGGGGCUAUGUUCUCUCAUGGCGAGCCUGGAGGCAGGCCACAGGGAUUGGGAUCACAUACUUAUCAAGAGCAAAGGCUCUCUAAGCACACUGUGGCAGCCCCCAAAACUGUAUCCCCAAAGGUGCCUCAGAGCUUGAGUCAGUCACCUCCUCCACCCAUGCCACCCCCAGCACCAAUGGCAAAACCUCCCUCCCCUGGGGCUUUACCAUUUCACCCACCCCCUCUCACCAGCCUCUCCAACCCCAUGUUCAAGCAGGCUAAUGUUUUAUCAGAGGAGUGUGACAGUAAUGCAUCUUCUCCUUGCCCCUCAGAAUCUUCACCCACCACUCCUAGGAGUAUGCUGGCAAUGCCCCCUGCUAUGCCGCUUUUACAAAAUCAGUAUGUUAGCUUACAGUCAGGUGCCAUGAACCUCAGUAAAGCGCCUCAAAAGUCAGGACCAGAGGUUGCAUCUGAUCCACCUAUGUCUCCUAUGUCUGCACCCCAGCCUAGCCCCCCUGCUGGGUCCAUGGCCUCCCCAUCACCUAUGAGCCAAUCAAAAUCACAGAAAAACUACCCACCACCUUUGUCUUGUGGGACCACAAGGUCAUCGGCCAGCUCAGGGGUGAUGUCCCCUGUAAGUCCCAUGUCCCCCGCCCUAGUCCAGUCACCUCAGAUGAGGAACAGUGCACACGGUUAUGAACAUUUUGAUCAGGUCAGAGUGAGGCCAGGGUCACAGGGGAGUAGGGGAUCUACGGGGAGCAAUAUGUCAAGAACUUCAUCCGGAGGAUCUGUCAACUGCUAUCCACCCCCUCCUCCAAACCCUGGGGCUCAGCCCAUGUCCCCCAGAUUAGAUGACAGUGGUAAAUCAUUGCCGUUUUUGGAUGAAUUAUCAAAACGAUCUAGUACUGGGCCUCCUAAAAAGGUGCCUCCACAGACAUUGCCUAAACCAACAGAAGGGGGACAUAACUCAAACAUGCAAAAUAUCAAUGGUGCUACAACUACACUGACUAAUGGGGUCACCCCACAUAACCACAAGCCUGAGGGGGUCAGGCCAAAUAGUGCUCCCAUCAAGAAGGGGGUGCCACCACCCCCUCCCAAACGCAGCGAAACUACAAGACUGUCAUCAGACGUAUCUAAAGUGAAGGACCAAGAUAAUGUAGUGCCAAGUGUUCACGAUUCGUCGAUAUAUGAGAACUCUCAAGAGUGCGAGGGGAUUAUGGACAUUAACGAUCUUCCCCCACCCCCUCCCGAACUCUUAGCGGGUCUAGCCAGUGACGGUAAUGUCAAGCGGGGUAAACCCCCGCCCCCUCCUCCAAAACGAAGUCGUGAAACUCAUUUAUCACAACAGACAUGAUGUAAGGAUUCUGUGUUUUAAUUGUAUUUUUUGAAUGUUAUAUGAUAAUUGUACUCUCCACCUGCAUAAAAUGUGAAAUAGAGUAGAUAUGUAUGAUGUUAAUGUUUGUAUUUUAAAGAUUAGAUCUUUGAAAAAAAGAGAAAAAACAGUUCCAUUUUUUGAUUUUAUGAAGAAGAAAAUGUUGGCUGUCUUAUUUCUUUUUUAAAAGAGAGGGUUGUAUUUUUAUACUUCCAUUUUAACAGAUAUAAUUGUUGAAUCACUUUGUUGGUAAACAUUUGAUGCUAACUUUUAAAAAUUCCUGUUUUAUGAAUAAUUUUGUUUUGACAUGGUUGGAAAGCCAGUGUUUCAUUUUAUUAUGUAUUCUUAAAAGAGUUCAGACAAAUCUGUUCGGGGAAAGUUUAAAAAAAAAUCAAAAUUACAAAUAUCUGAAAUCAAGAAAGAGAUAUUGCCGUCUAAAUCAGUACACAUGUACCAUGCAGUUAAGUGCUUUUGUUUUCUAUGUGUUGUGGAAAGUUUUGUGGUUAUAUAUAACUAUAAUUAUAUACUUCAGUGUCUCAAUCAAAAUGAAUUUUGUGGCAUCUGUGUGCUUUGAUCAUAUUUUUGUGAGUGUCUUCUGUUUAGAAAUAAUACAGAAAUGCAGGAUGGGACAAAAAGUCUGCUUCAAAUAUAAUCAAUACAUUUGUAUACCUAUAAUGUACAAUGUAUUUAUGAGGUGAUCAAACUAUUUUAUACUGUUAAGUCUAGUCAUUAAUUUGCCAUGUUUUUACAGAAAAUAUAACUGUAUGAAGAGAAAUUGCCAAUAUCUUAAUUAUGAUGAAAAAAUAUCAAUGAUUAAAAUGCUUCACUGCAUAUUGAAGGAAUAGACAUUAUUUCUAAAAAUAUCCAUGAUGAUAUGAACAAGUAGACAUAAAGUAAGUUCUUUUUUUUUGGGGGGGGGGGGUGCAAUUCCCUGACUUCUUGUUGUGUCCCCCCUUAGUUAUUGCUUUACUUUUUUAAUCAGCUCAAGCUGUUGCCAUGACAACCCUCAGUGACCAGUAUUGUAAUUGCAGCCCCUGCUAUAAAACUUUCAAACCUUCAAGGCUUUACUUGUGGAGUUUGUACAAAGGAGGAACUAUUUUAGAAGAACAUAUACUGUGCUUUUACAAAAAGCAACAUAUUAUGCAAUAUUUCUUUUUAUAUCUUUGUAAAUUUUUCUGAGUGGAAGUUAAUGGCUGUUGAACAAAAAAUGAAGUUAGGUAAACAUGUUAUAAUUUGGUGCAGUUGAUACAGUAUUAAAUCAUUAUAUUAUCAGUCAUAUCAUAUAAAACUUUAUAGAUAAAAGUCAAUUGUAGAGUUAUAAACCACCUUAGAUCGCCAAAUUCAAUAUUGCUAACAAUGCAUUUACUUAUUUAAGGUUAUUGUUUUCUUUUUAGACAUCAAAAAAUCAUUGAAGUUAUUUCUUGCUAAAAUUAAAUACCAAUUUUUUCCAGUAAAAAUGGCAACCACUUGGUUUGAAGUCUUUUUUUUUUUUUUUAAAAAAACCUUAAUACACCUCUUUAACUUUCAAGUUCUUAAAAAUGAGUCAAAAAUGAGUGUGCUAUAUUUAAUCAUGAUUUUCAUUUUAAGGGUUUUACUUUUUACAGUUUAUUUUAUAUCAUCAUAAACUUUGAAAUUUUUCACAAUCACUUUAACAGCCCAGUGCUUCAUUCAUUUCUAAGAUAUCAGAAAAUUGACACCAAAUCAUGAAAUUCAUGUUGAUAUUUUAAAAAAAAAUUGUGGGGGGGGGGGUUAAAGUAGACAAAUAAAGAAUUGAUCUUUAUGCAGGUUUAAUUUAAAAUAAAACCAAGGGUAACUGGUUGUCAUUUAUACACAUACCAUGGUAAUACCAAAGCUGAUUGUGAGUAGAAACGCUGUCCUUUAUUUUUGAGAGCUUUUCUCAAGUAAUGUUCCAUAGUUUGAUUGGCAUAAUACAUAAAUCUGUCUCUAUCAACAAUUUUUAAAUAUUCAUUUAAACUUUCAAGUUGAAUUUUUACAUAAUUUUUUUAUUAAGGAAAAGAAACAACAUAAUUAAUUUUGUGUUACAAAUUGACAGGAAGAUUUUGUACAGGGUUUGUGCAAUAAUAAACAUUGUGCAUAUAAAUA